CAUGUGAUUUCGUGUGCUCUCCGAGAUCCGUAUGGUUGGCCGACUACUAUGACACGUACCUUCACCCGGUGAAGUUUACGACCACAACAGCGAUGUUUUCGCGCUCAGUCUGAGUCACAGCAUUCGGAAUCUCUAAACAGGAAUCGUAAGGAUAGAAAGCCCACCGCGGCUUGGCCUCAUUCGCGUUCCAUUGCAAGAACCCCGCCAUGGCACCCCCGCCAGCUUCCCUCUAUACGCUCUCCUUCGCGAUCGCGACUUUAGUUACUCUGCUUGUCGCUGCAACACUACGUCUGCUCGCUAUCCUUCCAAAUGCGCGCUCGAAAUCAACACCGCUACGCCAGCGCCCGCUCGCAACACGCGUUCUUAUCGUGCUAGGAUCGGGAGGGCAUACACACGAGAUGUUCUACCUACUUCGAGAUCUGGAUACACGCAAGUACACGCACAGAACAUAUGUAGUCAGCAGCGGAGAUGCAUUCUCAGCACAACGCGCCGCGGAGUUUGAGCGAGGACUUGAAGAUAAGGAAAAGGGACGAUUACGCAAGCAAGACAUGGAGAAAAAUGCAGUCUACGAGAACAGCGCAGGAAGAACACCGGUGACGGUGAUGACAGGUGCAGACAGCAUGAUAUAUGUGGCGGGAGAGAAGAAGGGCGAUAAACCAGCAUGCACUGGACCAGACCACUAUAAUAUCGCCAACGUGCCUCGUGCGCGCAAGAUACACCAGCCACUCCUCACAACACCUCUAACAUCACUCUAUACUCUCCUAGCAUCGUUCGCGCCUCUCCUUCACGUACCACCGCUACUAGCUGGCCAGGCUCCCACGACACCUUACGAAACCACAGCCGCCGACCUCCCAGAUCUCAUCAUCACAAACGGCCCAGCUACGGCUGUAAUCUUGAUCCUCGCGAGUCUUAUACUUCGUUACUUCAACAUCAAGGGUGCGAACAGCAGGGACAAGUGCAAGACCGUGUACGUAGAGAGCUUCGCACGCGUCAAGACAUUGAGUCUGAGUGGGAAGCUAUUGCUGAGGGUUGUGGAUCGAUUCCUGGUACAGUGGGAGGAGCUAGAAGGCGCUGGGGGACGAGCGGAGUACUGGGGCAUUCUAGUUUGAGUACGAGCUCAUAUACAUGGCAAGGUGAUGGGAGUCGUGAUAUGCAUGAUUUAGGCGUUUGGUGUACAUUUACAGCGAAGAUACCCCACAUGCUGCCGAGGGC